AUGUACUCCUCUGCUUCACAGCUCGCUGGUGGCGAUACCUUCAAGUACACGUUGACAUCGUCCUCAGCACUGCUUUGCAACGGCUUGGCUAUUCAUCGAGUGGAGAUUCUUAGCAAGGUGGUGGAUAGCAAUAACAGUCUCGAGCCAUUCGAUGUGGCCUGUGAUGCUAAGCUGGCAGGAGCAGGCUGGACCGUCAUCCUUCGCCGCUCAGGUGAUAAGGUCAACUUCUAUCGGAAAUGGGCGCAGUAUAAGCAAGGGUUCGGGGAUCUAGGGAGCGACUUUUUUAUCGGUUUAGAUAAACUCCAUGCAAUAACAACAUCGCAACCACAUGAGCUUUAUGUCCAUCUGGAAGAUUUCGAUGGUGAGAGCCGAUAUGCCCUCUACGAUGACUUUCAGAUUAGCAACGAAGCGCAGGACUAUGCCCUCGCAAAGUUGGGCAGCUACUCAGGUGAUGCUGGAAAUUCGCUAAGCGAUCAUUUACAUUAUGGAUUUACAACGUACGACAACGACAAUGAUGGAUGGGGCGAUGGCAAUUGUGCACAAUGGGCCAUGGGCGCCUAUUGGUAUAACAACUGUGGGCCUAGUGUGGCACUGUAA